UAUUAACGGUUUUAAAAGGUGCGUGUAACGAUACGUAACCUGGUGGUUCCCCGCCUGACAAUAGCAUCUGAUUGAUGAUUUCAGUCUUUCUCCCCCACCCAAAAUCUAAAUUCCAACCUCCUCGGAUUUUUAGCAUAUCCAGCUUUCCCCGAGUAUUGACAGUAUUGACGAAUCUAGGAAGCUUAGGAAGUUACAGCACAGCUUUCCCAGCAGCUCGACGUCUCAGCUCUUCCCCUUACGCCGUCCUAACGAAUGAAGCUGCUACUGUAGCCUAACUUGUUGAUUUCCCUUUGUCAUGACGGGGAAAGAGAUACUCGACUGAGACGGCUUUGACGCAGAGACCGCCUUUAAAUUGGAGUCGGACUUACAGGCAAAGCUUCAUACAUACCUAGGUAUUCACCAUAUUAUAACUUUGAGGCGUUAUAAUCGAGUACAUCUUACACCCAGCUAUUUAAUAUAGAGCUGCAAUAGUUAUUCCUAUUUUCAGUCCCGAAUCACCCGUUCUACUUCAGCCAUGUCGAACCCGGCUCUCAAUUUCGUCACUUUCAAUCAAGAUCACAGCUGCCUAGCUGUCGGUACCUCGAGGGGAUUUCGUAUCUACCACACCGAACCGUUCUCCAAGAUCUUCAGUAGCGAUGAUGGCAACAUCGCUAUUGUCGAGAUGCUUUUUUCAACUUCGCUCGUCGCUUUCGUCCUCUCCCCUCGCCAUCUAAUAGUCCAAAAUACGAAGCGCGCCUCCGUUAUAUGCGAACUUACCUUCCCAUCUGCAAUCCUUGCCGUCCGCCUAAAUCGCAAGCGAUUGGCUGUUGUGCUCGAGGACGAGAUCUACCUCUAUGAUAUAACUACUAUGUCACUCCUUACUAAUAUCGCGACCUCUCCGAAUCCUGCCGCUGUGUGCGCAUUGUCGCCUUCCCACGAACACUCGUACCUCGCUUACCCUUUGCCGAAACCCCGCGAAGAUACACAGGAUAAGCGACCUUCGCAUGCGCCGCCAGCUUCGCUCUACGCCCCCGUAACGUCCGGAGACGUCCUUAUAUACGAUACAUUGACUAUGCGGGCCGUUAACGUAGUCGAGGCACAUCGCUCUCCCUUGUCCUGCAUUGCGCUCAACAGCGAAGGGACCCUGCUAGCAACAGCUAGUGAGACGGGGACAAUCAUCAGAGUAUUCUCAGUGCCCCGCGGGGAGAAGCUUUUCCAAUUCCGACGUGGAACAUAUCCCAGCACGAUCUAUAGCAUGUCCUUCAAUAUGGCGAGCUCGCUUCUCUGCGUAUCUUCCACUUCAGAUACCGUACACAUAUUCCGACUCCAGCAGCCAGGGCCCAACGGUAACAACCCUGAGGCGCAGACUCCUGCCUCUCCUCGGAAAGAUCGUUGGUCUCGUAGUCGUAGCUAUGAUAGUGGUAACGACUCGUCUAAUAGCGCACAGGGCUCUCCACGAAGUGAGGCGGCUGACGUUCCAACAUCGCCAAAGAAUCACCCCGUGGCGAGUAGGAGGCAAAGCGGGUCGUUUAGCAGCAUGCUACGCCGAUCGUCGCAGAUAAUGGGUCGCAGCGUAGCUGGCGUCGUCGGUAAUUAUCUACCACAGACUGUGACGGAGAUGUGGGAGCCCCUGCGCGAUUUCGCGUACAUCAAGAUACCAAAGAGCACGUCCACAGCACCACGCCCAGGCGCAGCGGGCAACCAACAAUUACGCAGCGUAGUGGCGAUGAGUAGUAGCAGCCCACAAGUUAUGGUUGUUACCAACGACGGCGGGUUUUACGUAUUUAACAUUGAUAUGGACCAAGGUGGAGAGGGCUACCUUGUGAAACAGUUCUCUGUCCUCGAUAGCGACGAUAAGCUCGAUGCCUCUAAUUAUGGACCGUAGAGCAGUCAUACCGGCACGGGCAAUCCUUCAGACAAUCUAGACAGAAUAAUUGAAGAACAAAUAAAGGUAGGAGAGGAGGAAGAUGACGAUGAUGAUGGGGACCUCGGGGGUGACAAUUGGCAGCACGUCACAAUAGGGAAUUAGCAUCCGGACGGCGUUAACGGUUAUGUAGUCGGGAGCAUGGUGUUCUGUUCUCCCUCCUUUUCUUAAUUCCACAGCUAAUCUCUGUACCACGGCGAAAGCCCUACUGUCUGAGAACUAUCAUACACCAGAGAAGGAGGAUUGUUUGUAUUUUGUGUGAAGGAGAGCGUCGUGUUUUUGCAUUAAGCGUCUGGCGUCCAAGCGGCCUGGGUUAAUAGUUACGAAGUUACCGAGUAUCAUCAUCUACUUCCCAAUACAGAUUAAUAAUAUUCACCGUCGAAGAUAACAAAAUGUUAUUAGUAGUGGCAAUUUGUUAAACACACGUCAGCAUCGAGGCGG